AUGUCCACCACCAAUGACCACCACCAAUCACCACCACCAAUGUCCACCACCAAUGUCCACCACCAAUGUCCACCACCAAUGUCCACCACCAAUCACCACCACCAAUCACCACCACCAAUGUCCACCACCAAUGUCAACCACCAAUCACCACCACCAAUUACCACCACCAAUCACCACCACCAAUGUCCACCACCAAUCACCACCACCAAUCACCACCACCAAUCACCACUACCAAUGUCCACCACCAAUGUCCACCACCAAUGUCCACCACCAAUGUCCACCACCAAUCACCACCACCAAUGUCCACCACCAAUGUCCACCACCAAUUUCCACCACCAAUUACCAUCACCAAUUACCACACACAAUGUACCACCACCACCAACCAAUGUCCACCACCAAUGUCCACCACCAAUUACCACCACCAAUGUCCACCACCAAUUACCACCACCAAUGUCCACCAUCAAAAACCACCACCAAUUACCACCACCAAUGACCACCACCAAUUACCACCACCAAUGUCCACCACCAAUUACCACCACCAAUGUCCACCACCAAUUACCACCACCAAUUACCACCACCAAUGUCCACCACCAAUCACCACCACCAAUGUCCACCACCAAUUACCACUACCAAUCACCACCACCAAAGUCCACCACCAAUUACCACCACCAACACCAACACCGCCGCCACUGCCACCACCACCAUUAUCAUCAUCAAGACAAUGACUAA